AUGGGCUCGCCGUUGACCGCCGACGAGCUCGAUCGCUACUUCGAUCACAUCAGAUUGCCGCAAAAGUUCCGGCGUGACAAGAACCCUGCGUUGGAUCUCGCAUUCCUGACAGCCCUGCAUGUCCAUCACAUCUCAACCCUCCCCUACGAGAACCUAUCCCUGCACUAUGCAAAAGAUGUCGACGUCUCCCUGGACGUGCGUGAGAUCCUUGAAAAAUUCCUGGCCAACGGACGUGGGGGCUACUGCAUGGAGCACAGCAUAUUCUUCAACCAUGUGCUGCGAGUUUUGGGCUUCCAGGUCUACCUGACGGGAGCGCGGGCCAGGCCGCGUAAGGACGGCGUUCCGGUCGGGGACUACAUGGGAUGGGUGCAUGUCGUGAACAUCAUCACCCUCGCCGACGGAACCAAGUGGGUGUCGGACACGGGCUUCGGCGGAGACCAGAUGCGACAGCCCAUACCGCUGGCCGAGCACCACGUCACGCAGAACAUCGGCCCACAGCAGAUCCGGCUCGCGCGCGAGAGCAUCGCCAAUGCAACCAACACGUCGGCCGAGAAGCCGGCAACCUGGAUCUACCAGUACCGCAACGGCUCCGAGCAGGCGUGGAACUCGUUCUUCUGCUUCACCGAAACGGAGUUUUUGCACCAAGACUUUGAAGUCCUGAACUACUACACCAGCAGGUGCCCGCAGAGCUUCCAGACGUUCACGCCGCUGGUGGUCAAGUUCCUGCGCAGGGAUGUCGACGGUGGGGACGAGACGGGGGAGAUCUACGGGAAGCUGAUGCUCGUGCACGGAGAGGUCAAGGAAAACCUGGGAGGGAAGACGCGGCUCGUCCGCUCGUGCAAGUCAGAGCCCGAACGCCUGGGUGCGCUGCGCGACGUGUUCGGCAUGACUUUUACGGAGGAGCAGCAAGCUGGCAUCAGGGGAAGGGUCUCGGAACUUCUGCCGAAUUAG